AUGCAGUCGGGAUACGUGUCCGCGUUUGAACGGAGCGAAUUGGAGACGAAAGGUACCACCUCCUUCGGUAAGAGGCACACCAAGUCCCACACCCUCUGCAGGCGGUGUGGCAACCGUGCCUUCCACAAGCAGCACAAGGAGUGUGCGCAGUGCGGUUACCCCAGCGCGAAGCUGCGGUCUUACGAGUGGGGCCAGAAGGCGAAGCGCCGAAAGACCACUGGCACUGGCCGCAUGCGCUACCUGAAGACCGUGUCGAGACGCUUCAAGAACGGCUUCAGGGAGAACACGCGCGCAGUCAAGCGGACCAAGAAGACGACGGAGGCAUGAACAUCUGCAUGGGUCUUAUUCCUACCAUCAACUGCACCACACGAGCUGCUGGCUCUUCUUUGUCUCGCAUCGCUCUCCCUCCGUAUAUGUCUUGCCCCCUGUAUACUGCUACACAAGCACCGGCACAAGCUGCCACCCACGCAAAAUACAUGAGCUAUGCCAUGCGAGCUUUCUAUGCAUGACUUUUAAAUCCCCC